AGAGCCGCAGCAGUGUCAAGAUGGCCGAGCUCGAGGACACCUCGUCCGGAGACAGCACGGACAUCUGCAGCGAGAAAUUCGACUCGCUGAAGGCUCUGUACUCGGACAAGGUGCGCGUGCCGGUGCCCGAGGCGCCGAUCUUCGACAACCUCAGCAAGUUCGAGUCCGUCGUGCUCAAGGGCCAGGUCAUCAAGCCCAGCGAGGAGUCCAAACGGAAGAACAAGCAAACCGGCGAGACGUCGUCGUCGUCGUCGUCGAGAAGGUUCCUCCCGCAUCAAGUGCCGAUAAAGACGAGCAACAGCGAGCGACAGCAGCGCUACUCGGAGAAGAAUGUCCUCAGCAGAAUGCCGAAGGCCCUUGGGCCUCUUGGGGUGCUGUUCCAGUACAUGGAGAAUAGGAUCAGAGUGAAGGUCUACACGAGAAAUGCGAACGGCAUAAGGGGCCACGUGGAAGCGUACGUGGCGGCUUUCGACCGGCACUGGAACCUCGCGCUCGAGGACUGCCUUGAGCUUUGGACGAGGAAGGUCAAGAGGAAAGCGCCGGCACUCGGUGACCCCCGACCGGCGGAGCUGGCUCCGGACAACGUGCCGAGGGUGAUCGUCAAGGAGAAGCAGGGCAAGUUCGAGACUUUGGAGAGGCACGUGCCACAGCUAUUGCUGAGGGGCGAGCAAGUGGCCCUCAUCGCCAAAAUCGACUGACACACUGGCUGAUACUUUCAUUUCUUUUUUAAUUUGUGUACCAAUAACGAUGCACACGCGUCCAUAUUUUUGUAUAAUGCUUACCUUACUCUUUAGGAAAUAAAUGAUCGAUAUUUUGUA